UGAAGGAGGGCCAUAGGAAAGCGCGACGACGCGUUGUGGCCCGUGCCCAGAAAACUCCCGUGAGACGUGCCUGGACGACUCCAAGCAAACGUCGACUGAACCGUCUUUCACCGAGCUUGUCGACUAUAUCCGGUUAUCAGGCGACGCUCACUCCAGUCUCGCGGCGCAGAGAAUCUCACUUGUUGUAUAACUCCAGGGCUGUCACGAAGACGCGCUACGUGGACGUGCAAUCUCUCGCACCCUUACCGCUUCCUUCCUGACUACCAAACCCAUCAACAUCAAUUUCAUCACAUUCCAUCGCAAUCAUGGCGCCCGCAGCUGCGCCAGAACCUGCCUUCAAGAAAGAUGAGAAGGUCUUUUGUUUUCACCAUGAGUUGCUAUACGAGGCCAAAGUGCUCGAAGUUAGGCCUGUAGAAGAAGACAAGAAGAACGGCUUCGAAUACAGGGUACACUACAAGGGCUGGAAGAACACCUGGGACGACUGGGUUCCUGAGGAUCGGCUUCGCAAGCUGUCUCCCGAGAACCGGGAGUUGGCCAAUAACCUCAGGCACGAGAUGCUGGCUGCCCAGCGUGCCGCAAGAGCCCAGCCUGCACCUGCGAAAAAGAAGGCACAAGGUUCGGCGCGCGGUAGCGAGGAGCGCCAAACCUCCGUCACUGCUGCCCCACGUGGUCAGAAGAGGGUGCGUGACAAUGACUUAGAGAAGGAAGAAGCAUUCCAGAACAAGCUGGCUGUCAGGAUCUACAUGCCAGAUAGGCUAAAGAGCCUCCUAGUCGAUGACUGGGAGAACAUCACCAAGAACCUGCAGCUGGUCCAGCUGCCUUCAGCUUAUCCUGCAGGCGUCAUACUGGAUGAGUACAUGAAGCAUGUCAAAGACAACAGCAACCGCACCAGCAUCGAGCAAGACAUUCUCGAGGAAGUCAUAGCUGGAUUGAAGGAGUACUUCAAUAAGAGCGUCGGACGUCUUCUCUUGUAUCGUUUUGAGCGCGAGCAAUUCUACGACAUCUGGACGCGCAUCAACUCGCCGACCGAUGACCUUGCGGCAAAACCGCUGGCUGACAUCUAUGGCGGCGAGCAUCUUCUGCGUCUUCUGGUCACCAUGCCCGAACUCAUCGCGCAAACCAACAUGGACCACCAGGCUGUCACGCGCUUGCGCGAGGAGCUUAGCCAGAUGACGACAUGGCUCUCCAAAGAAGCGCAGAUCAACACAUUCUUUGUGCCUACCUAUGAGAGCCCCGGACAGGCCUACAUCGACAAGGUCAAGUCCAGCACCUAGAAAAGCGGUGACUCCAACAUUUGAUAGAACGGCCGUUUCGCUUUGACAUUUGUGUAUCAUCACUUCUGCAUGGCUGGUGGGUUAGGGCAUUGUCUAAUGGCGCAUAGGC